AAAUUCAAAAAGUUUGGUACGAAAUUAAAUAGAAGAAAAGUGAGAGUGAGCGUGAAAGGGGAGAGAAAGAAAAUUGAUGAGGAGCACGUUGCACAUUUGUUUCAAUUAAUUAAAAACCACAAAGUUAAAGUCUCUCCGAUCCAAAUCAAAUUCGCUUCCCACCUAAAAAAAAUCCCCCUCUCCCACACUCUUCGUCUUCCUCUCCUGAUUCUCGAAUUCUCCGUCUCCAGAAAAACCGAUUUUUAUUUUGAAAAAAAUAUUUGCGAAAUCAUCGACAUAUUUUUCUGUUUGAUCAUUGUGGAAUUUGAUCCAUUUCGGUGUUCUCCAAAUACUCGGAUCUCGUUCGCGAAUCUGGUAAAGUUUCAAGAUGAGCACGGGCGAGCUUCUUAACAUCGAGCCUGUAGAACUCAAGUUUGCUUUGGAGCUCAGGAAGCAGAUCUCGUGUUCUCUUCAAUUAUCCAACAAAACCGAUAGCUAUGUCGCCUUCAAGGUCAAAACUACGAAUCCAAAGAAGUAUUGCGUUCGUCCAAACACUGGCGUUGUUUCGCCUCGAUCAACAUGUGAUGUUAUAGUGACUAUGCAAGCACAGAAGGAGGCCCCUUCUGAUAUGCAAUGCAAGGACAAAUUUCUUCUGCAGAGCAUAAUAGCGAACCAUGGGACAACUGUUAAAGAUAUCACUCCAGAAAUGUUUAGCAAGGAGGCAGGACAUGUUGUUGAGGAGUGCAAAUUGAGAGUGGUCUAUCUUUCCCCACCCCAACCACCAUCGCCAGUUCCUGAAGGCUCUGAAGAAGGCGGUUCUCCCAGGGGCUCUGUUUCCGACAAUGGUCAUUUUAGUGCUUCUGAGUCUGCCGUUGCAUCAAGAUUAUUUCCUGAAUCUAAUGACAAAUCUACAGAGGCGAAAUCUCUUAUUGCAAAACUGACUGAGGAGAAAAAUGCUGCUAUCCACCAAAAUAACAAACUGCGACAAGAAUUGGAGCUUUUGAGGCGAGAAGCUAGCAAAAGCCAAGGUGGCGUUUCAUUCAUGCUUGUGAUAUUAAUUGGUUUGAUUGGAAUAAUUUUGGGCUAUAUCAUGAAGAAGGCAUGAAGAAGCUGGAAAUGCCAGUCAUCUUUUGCCCUGUUAUUUCUUACUGUAUUAUUUACAUCAGUAAUUAGAGAAGGAACGGAAAAUGGUGAUAGUGCUAGCCAUUGGCUAUGCAGGGUAAAGGGGGAUAAAAAAAUUGUUUAGGCAAUGUUCAUGUGUUUGUAGUUAACUGAUUCACUAGUGUUGAUGGUUAUUCAGAUUUUUUUGGGUUUGAGACGGUUUAUGUUUUUUUGUUGCCACAUCAUUCUUUGCUAAUUUAACAACUCUGUACUAUUUCUGUUUUAACCUUUUGGUUCAGAAUAACAGCUUGUGUAGUUCUGAAUAGGGUUACAAGAUGUAUUUAGAGGAAGGUUUACCCCUCCCUGUUUCUCCA